CAGGAACUACGAGUACUAAAAAGAGAAAGAGAGACUCGUCAAUGUGGAAUUUGGAAACGUUGCGGCAUUUUUCAGUAUAAUUUCGAACGUGGCCGUCGACUGACAGACGUAGCUUUUCUUUUCACUUUUGUUGUUGUAUUUUGUAAACAGAAAUACACUCGUACUCACCGGAAAAUAUCAUCGACAACAACAACAACAACACAUAGUACUGCAAUACGAGCAACACAAAUAUCUUUAGCGGGGAAAAUAAACUACUAUAGAAAAAUAAUGUCAUAGGACAGUUGUGUGUUAACAGUUCCGUAACGUGUCGCGUAAGAAAUAACAAUAUAUAGAAAAAUAGAAAUUUAAAUAUUAUAUGAAAAUAUGUCAAAGUACGAGUAAUUUAUAGAAACAUAUACACAACUAAUUCUACAUGGCCAGGAACAUAUGCAAAAGCACUUCUGAAUCCGUCGAGUGCUGAGUGAACAAGUUAAAAAUACAAAGAACGCCUUGCUAAGCAAAAUCCAUGUGAGAAUUUUCCAUAAACCAACCAAAAGACCAAUGCGUCAAUUAAAUUGAAAACAAAAAGAAACAAAAAACGAGAAAAAACGCGUAUAUUUCCAUUAAAUUCUAUUUAUGUAUAAAUAGUGUGGCAAGUGGUUUGGUUUGCUGUGCUGUGCUGUGCUGUUUUGAUUUUAUUGCUGUUUGCUGUUUGUUGCUUGGUGUUCAGUAUUCGAUUUGAAUUGCUUUGAUUUCUCCGCAAUACACAACUAAAGAAAACAUCAACUGAAAUGCAGUAUUUACUUUGGUUUGGCGCGCUCGUCACUCUGCUGGCCACAGCUUACGCCAUCAGAUGCUAUUCAUGCGAGUCCGUCUACGAGGCGAGUUGCGGUGAGAAUUUUCGUAUUGAGAAUCAUUUCAAAUACGAUUGCGCCUUCAUUGCCCCGCCCCGUUUUCUGGAGAACGAGCUGUCCAACAAGAAUGCGACGGCAUGCCUCAAGCGUGUUUUCCGCGAAAAUGGCGUCAGCAAAUUUGUGCGCGGCUGUUACUUUGGCGAGGUCAACGAGACGGAUAUUGGCUGCAAACUGGAUCCCACACUGACCGCAGUCCAAAACGCCAGUUGUCACGUGUGCAACAAUGAAAACUUUUGCAAUGCUGCAAUUCAAAUGGCGACGAUGGAGACAUGGAAGCUGCCUGCACUUGGAGUCCUCAUUGCGGCAGCGAUGCAGUUGGUGUAUGCACGCUGAUGUACAACGGGACGUAUGAUUAACGUGUUUAGUAUUAGGCAUUAGUUGUAGCUGGUGUAUGUAAUGAAAAUGGCCAUGGGCAAACACACAAAUUGAUGUCAGCUAAUAAAAACUAUACCAUAUUAAUGUAGCACAAAAUUUG